GCAUUUUCUUGCAAAAAAGUACGUAUACGCCACAGUGAACAAUUUUAGUUUUUCUUUCGUACAAUGGCAAUACUUAUCAUAUCAAAGAGCUUUUUAACUCCUUCUCUUCAAUGAAAAUAAAACACACACAAGUUUCUCACAGGAUUCAUUCUCUUACCCACCCCCUCCCGCUUUCCCCUCAACCCCCACCCACAUAAAAUUUGUAGUACACACUUGCUCGGUGGAAAAUUAAACUAUACUUGUAGGUAUGUACUUUUGUUUUCUGCUUGCCUCCUCUGAAUCUUCUCUUCGAUAAAAUUUUGUAGGCGCUUUCAUCGAGUCGAGAACUGAACCGAGUGAAAAUACCAUAACAAAAAAAAAGAAUCGUGUUUCAAAAAAAAAAAAACGAAAAAAGGAAGGUAUAAAAAUCCUUGUAUAUCCAUCGUCACUGUGCGAGAAAAUCCCCAAUUCAAAUUCAGUCUUUUUCCAACUCGGUCCGCUUACGGUCUUGAGCAGCGGCUGCCUUCAUCUACUGUUACUACUCGAAUUAUUAUUAUUCUCUUUGAUUGAAUUUGUUGUUAUAUUUCUGCUUCUUUUGUUGUAAAUUCUCAUUUAAGUUUUAUUUUUCAUUUUGAUUCUUUGCUUUUGUUGUUUUAAGUUUUUGGGGAUAUCCAAUUUCGAAUUUCGGGGAUUUUUACAAUAAGGGAUUACGAAUAUAUUGCGGGUGUUCAAAAAUAAAAGGAUUGAUGUUGUGUGACAAUAAUGUCAAUGUCGUUGUCGGUGGUGAAAAAAUCCUCGGAUGGAUUUAAAAAAGAACUUCCUCCUUAAAUCGGUAGAGGGGAGAGAGAUAAGAACAACAAAUGAAUAAUAAAAUAAAAUCGGUUCAAUUUUAUCGGUCUGAGAGUCUAUCUCUUUUUUACAACCUCUCAUAUAAUAGAGCUCUGAUAACCCACUUGGUUAACAGCAGCGAUGUGUGUCCUCCACCUCGUCUGGCAGCACCACCAACCAACUAGCCACACGACCUAACGACGAAAGGACGAAACGACAGGCCAUACGUAAGACCGACCUUCCAACCAACAGACAGACCUACCGUACCGACCUACCGUAUAUUCUUGAUCCUUGCUGCAGCUAUACAAAACGGGAAAUGUGUGAUAUAACGUGUGUAAGGGUUUUUAUUUUCUUUCGUCUUCUCGCUUCGGAGGCUUUUGUGUAUGCAAAAUAAAGGAAGAGCACUUUUUUGUUUUUAAUAUAAAAAUAUCUAAAAUAAAACGAAGAAAAUAUAAAAUAAAGGUAAAUAAAUAAAUAUAAAUAAAAGUGCAAUAAGAAGAAGAGAAGAGCACACUUCUAUAAAAUAAAAAAAGAGGAAGGAAGUGCGAGCGAAUGGGCGAGAGUCGUGUGUUUGCGUUUGUUUAAAAAGAAAUAAAAAAAAAGAAAUAAGGAAGCUCAAAGACGUUGUCUUCGUUUUUGUUGUUGUUGUGCUCAUUGUGAUACAAACAAAAAGAGAAAGGACAUUUUUUCUUGGGAAAAAGGAUACCUACCUUCAUUGUAUACUCCAACAAAGGAGCGGGAAAAAAUUCAUAGACCAUCAGAAGUGGUGCUAAUUUAAAUUGGAUAUACGUGCAGAGAAAUACUAAUUCGAUAUUUGACAACAGAUAAUCCAAACAUAAAUGAAGAAUCAUGGGAAAUGGAAUGAACAAGGUCUUGCCAGGACUAUACGUUGGCAAUUACCGCGAUUCCAAGGAUCCACAACAAUUGGAAAAGUUUCAAAUCACACACAUUGUUGCGAUUCAUGACAGUCCAAGGCGCCUGCUUCCAAACAAACAUUACCUUUGUGUGAUGGCCGCAGACACACCCGAUCAGAAUCUAUCUCAAUAUUUUUCCAUCUGUAAUGAUUUCAUACAUGCGGCUCGAUUGCGUGAUGGUAAUGUUCUCAUCCACUGCCUGGCGGGAAUGUCCAGAUCUGUGACGGUAACUGUAGCCUAUAUUAUGAGUGCAACGAAUUUAAACUGGAAAGAGGCAUUGAAAGUGGUGCGUGCUGGACGAGCGGUUGCUAAUCCGAAUUUGGGAUUCCAAACACAAUUACAGGAAUUCGAAAUGUUUCGAUUGAAUGAGGAACGACGUCGACUGAGAGAACGAUUUCCUAGUAGAGCUCUGGAGCAGAGGGAUCGAGCUAAGUGUAUGACAGCGUUGGACAACUACGAGGAACUACUUCAGAAUAAAAACAUUUGCGAGGGCAAUUGCUCGCGAGGCGAAAAAUGUCCCACAGGCGUUUGCAACAUGGACCCAACGAAAGGCCUUUUCCGCCGAAGGCCAAGCACAUCUUCAACACGUUCCCGCUUGCGUCCACAAGCAAAUCAAUCAGCAACGGGUAGCACUACAGCACAGUCAUGUCCCACUUCACCCAAACACUCCGGUAGUCAGCGUCGUUCAAUUGGCGAACAACAAAUUCCUGAGGAUGAAGAAUCCGAUGCAACAACAUCAAAUAGGGCAGCAACAUCCACCAAAAGGACAUCUCAAAGUGUUAGAGGUGAGCGGAAUCAUCCUACAAUUCAUACUCAUGAACCAAGUACUGGAAAUGGUGGUGGAGGGGGAAUAGGAGGUGGAGUAGGAGUAGGAGGUGGAGCUGGAAGUGGUAGUAGUAGUGGUGGUAACGGUAACGGAAGUGGAGUUGGAGGUGGAAGUAGCAAUAACGGAGCUCCUUUACAACGGAGCGGAAGCACGGUCAGUGGUAUGAGUAUUAGACCACGUAGUAGUCCAGCUGGCCUGCAUUCAUAUACAGCAGGAUCAGUGCCAUCAUCCGUCCGUGGAUCACGAGUGGACUUAGACCAAGAAGACCAAGGAUCAGCCAUCUAUCUAGGCUGUUCGGCACCAAAGAACACAUCAACCUGGUCCUUAUCAUCACGCGGAUCGUCAGGCGGAUCAGCCCCACCUACACCAGUGCACACCCCACCGGUUAGUCCUAGACAUGGUAUCAGAAGGACAUCAAGUCAGGUGGCGAAAAAGUCCAGAUGAAACCAAAGCAGAACUCAGCCUCCCUCCCCUCUUCCACGAUAUGGAAUGUGAUGUGAUCAAUGAAACUUCAUAAGCAAUCUAGAACGCUCUUCAUUCUCCUAAAACAGUUGAACAAAAUUUUGAAAACAAAAUUAAAAAUAGUUAAGUAUGGAUUUUUGUGUCUCAUCGUUAAUAUCGAUUUUCAAAACCAAAGAAAACAAAAAAGCACGCGCAUAGUUUUAACCCUUUCUCUCAGUGUUGCCAUUGCAGUAGUUUCUUUUUAAAACAAACAGAAAAAUAAAAACGUCGUCGUUCUUGGCUAUAAAUGUGAAUUAAAUAAAAUCAUUAAAAUAAUCCUGGAGAUAAUCAAAUUAUUUUUAUAGAACAAAACAAAACUAAAAAGAAAGAAAAAUAAAAACAACACUACUUAGUGCAUAUCGUAGGUACACAUUGUGAAAUAAAAUACAUACAAUUAUUAUUAUUAGAUAUUUAAGACAAUGAGAAUCAAUACCUAUAUUAAUAAUUACGAUGCUAUGUAUUAAAUUUUGUUAGAUUUUAUAUUUAAUAUAUAAACAAAAACAAA